AUGGAACCACUGUCCCAGACGACCUCGCCCACAGCCUCAAGAGCCACCGCGACAGCGGUGACACGGAAAGAUGGUCGCGCUCCCGGGGAACCCAAGUAUUUGGACAAGAGGAGUCUAGAUUAUGUCUUGCGCAGUGGGUUCGCAGGUGGUCUGGCCGGAUGCGCUGCCAAAACAGUCGUCGGACCUCUCGAUCGAGUCAAGAUCCUCUUCCAAGCCUCGAACCCGCAAUUUGCCAAAUACACCGGUAGCUGGACGGGGGUGUUUGUGGCGAUGCGCGACAUCAACAACUCGGAGGGCAUCCGUGGGUUGUAUCGGGGUCACUCGGCCACGCUGUUGCGAAUAUUUCCGUACGCGGGGAUCAAGUUCCUGGCCUACGAACAAAUACGGGCUUUUCUCAUCCACAAUAAGGACCAAGAGACACCGGUCCGGCGGUUUUUGUCGGGUUCCCUGGCGGGCCUCACCUCGGUUUUCUUCACGUACCCUCUCGAGGUGGUGCGCGUGCGACUCGCCUUCGAAACGAAACGGGAUUCGCGGUCUUCCUUGACCAGAAUAUGCCAACAGAUAUACCACGAGCAACCGCCUCAGCCGCAGUCGCUGACGGGACACAGCGCCAGCCAUCCCCAUAACCCGGUGGCGGCGGCGGCGGCCGACCUCACUCACCGAGCGGCACCAAGGUCUGGACUGGUCAAUUUCUAUCGUGGGUUUUCUCCGACAAUGCUCGGCAUGCUGCCUUAUGCAGGAGUGUCCUUUUUGACCCACGACACCAUUGGUGAUUUGUUUCGACAUCCGACCCUGGCUCCGUACACCGUCAUACGGUCCACGUCGUUGGCGCCCGCUCCGCCGGAUGGAGCGUCGGACGGCACGAGAGCCUACCAGCGGAGUCAGUUGACGGCGCCCGCAGAGUUGACCUCGGGCGCUCUGGCGGGGUUGGUGUCUCAAACGGCGUCUUACCCGCUGGAGGUGAUCCGACGGAGAAUGCAAGUCGGUGGCGCUGUCGGUGAUGGGCAUAGGUUGUCCAUAUUAGAGACGGCUCGGAGGAUAUUCCUUGAAAGAGGAUGGAGAGGGUUCUUUGUCGGCUUGUCCAUCGGUUAUAUCAAGGUUAUCCCGCUGGGUGCGACCAGCUUUUAUGUUUAUGAGCGUGCCAAGUGGUAUUUGGGGAUUUGA